AUGGCGUCGCAUUAUCCCAACAGCGGGAUCACCGUUCAGACGUCGAGGACUCAUUUUAGUUUGACAAAUGAACCCCGCAGAUAUCCAGCACCUUUCAGAAGUCAUUUGCCUUCGAUCAAGACUACUGCUGGGAUGAUGAUUCGGUACUCUCUAGGACCUUUCCCCAAGGAAUGGGGAAUCCCUCUGCUGGUCGGAGACCGAGAACAAGACGACGUCCUUCACAACCCAGAUCCUAGAAGAGAUCGCCAGAACGAUAGGAGAGGGACGAUAUUCACGCGUCGUGGGUUUGCCAACGUAGGAUCAUUGUUUCUCUUGACCCUUGGGAUCCUCGGUCUAUUUGUCGCUUUUCCAGUUGUGACCACCUUUACGCGAACCAAUCCAUCCAACCAAGGAGGUUUCAACAUUGGCGGAAUCAAUGCAACUGGGCAGGUCCCAGUGAUACCCGGGAACUAUGGGCUUGUCGACCGUGACACGCCUCAAUCUGUGCGAACGAAGAGGUCGUAUACCGACCCAAACAAGAACAUGGUGCUGGUGUUUUCCGACGAGUUCAAUGUGGACGGGCGAACGUUUUAUCCUGGUGACGAUCCAUAUUGGGAGGCUGUGGACUUGCAUUAUUGGGGGACGAACAACCUGGAGUGGUAUGAUCCAUCGGCGGCCACGACUGCCAAUGGGUCUCUACAGUUGACCCUGUCGAGGGUGGACCCAAUAACGAACCACAACAUGCGUUUUCGCUCAGGGAUGGUCCAGACAUGGAACAAGUUUUGUUUCACCGGCGGAAUCCUUGAAGCAUCUGUAAGGUUGCCUGGUGCUAGUAACAUCGCCGGAUUGUGGCCUGCAAUCUGGGCCAUGGGCAACUUGGGGAGAGCUGGCCAUGGUGGAAGCUUGGAUGGUACAUGGCCGUACACCUACGACUCCUGCGAUGUCGGAACCCUCCCCAAUCAAACAUACCCAGGUACUGCAACCCCUCUCGCUGCUGUUACCAAUGGCGAUCCUGUGCAAGGAGGAAUUUUGGCAAGUCUACCGCCGAUUGUCGUAUGGCGUGCUGCUAAUAUUCGUGUUACAAUAUCUAGUCAUAUCUUCCUGGGCAACGUCUCUGCAUGUCUCCCCUUCCCCCUCCAUAAAUCAUUUCUAAUCCUUCAUGAAAUAGCCGCUUGCACGUGUCCCGGGGAAGUACACCCUGGACCUAUCCGCCCUGAUGGCUCGUAUGUGGGGAGGGCUGCACCCGAAAUUGAUGUCUUCGAAGCGACAGUCGAGCAUGGCGUUGGAAAGGUGUCGCUAUCUUCACAGUGGGCCCCUUACAAUGCCAACUACAGCUGGCCCGCGCGUCCGGAAGAUAUAACGCUCUACGAUGUCGAGGGCUCUGUGAUCAAUACCUAUAAAGGAGGUGUCUACCAACAAACUACCAGCGUUGUUGCGGAAACGAACCAGGGCUGCUACGAGCUUAGCGAGGAAGCUUGCUUCGCAAUAUACGCAUUCGAGUAUCGCCCCGGAUUUGACAAAGCUUACAUUGCUUGGGUCAAUGACGGGGCCCUCUCUUGGAUAUUACGCUCCGAAGCCAUGGGUGCAGAUCCACUGACGGAGAUUGGAGCGAGGCCUAUACCAAUGGAGCCUAUGUAUAUCAUCGCCAACCUCGGAUUCUCGUACAACUUUGGACCCAUCGAUUUUGACAAUUUGGUGUUCCCUACAACGAUGAGCGUGGAUUGGAUUAGGGUCUACCAGCCUGAAGAUGAAGUUAACAUUGGAUGUGAUCCUGUCGACUUUCCGACGUCGAACUAUAUUAAUAGGUACCCUCAUCUCUAUACGAACCCUAAUAUCUCGACAUGGGAACAAGGCGGGGAACCUUGGCCGAGGAACAGGCUUCAAGGAGGAUGUUGA